AUGAAGCUUUGGUCUGCUCCUUUUGCACCCGCCCUCUCCUGUCACUUUGGCUCAUCCCAGCAUUCUCGAUCCCACUCUCUUCAGUCCCAGCACAUUUUUACUCCCCUACACCAUACCCCCAUCUAUUGCCACAACUACUUAGUCUGCCACAACCACUGCAACUACUGCUAUUAUAACCCCCACCCUGUACCACUAGUCCCCUCCCCACACUCUCAUCUUGCUUGUUUCAUAAUCUUUCUUAGCCCAAGACACAUCAGUAUUUGGAUGAGGAAUGAAGGCUGGGGUGAUGCAAGUCAGCAGCAGCAGUCGGCUGAAUAUUCUUUCCUCUCAACUCUCUCUCUUUCAUCCUUUUCUCAAUCUCUCUCUCUCUCUCUUUCAUCCUUUUCUUCCUCUCUCUCUCUCUCUCUCUCUCUCUUUCAUCCUUUUCUUCCUCUCUCUCUCUCUUUCUCUUUCAUCCUUUUCUCAAUCUCUCUCUCUCUUUCUCUUUCAUCCUUUUCUCCCCCCCCUCUCUCUCUCUCUCUCUCUUUCAUCCUUUUCUCCCUCUCUCUCUUUCAUCCUUUUCUCCCUCUCUCUCUUUCAUCUUUUUCUCCCUCUCUCUCUCUCUCUCAACUUCAUCCUUUUCUCCCUCUCUUUCUCAACUUCAUCCUUUUCUCCCUCUCUUUCUCAACUUCAUCCUUUUCUCUCUCUCUCUCUCAACUUCAUCCUUUUCUCCCUCUCUUUCUCAACUUCAUCCUUUUCUCUCUCUCUCUCAACUUCAUCCUUUUCUCUCUCUCUCUCUCUCAACUUCAUCCUUUUCUCUCUCUCUCUCUCUCUCAGCUUCAUCCUUUUCUCUCUCUCUCUCUCUCAACUUCAUCCUUUUCUCUCUCUCUCUCUCUCUCUCUCUCUCAACUUCAUCCUUUUCUCUCUCUCUCUCUCUCAACUUCAUCCUUUUCUCUCUCUCUCUCUCUCUCUCUCUCUCUCUCAACUCCUCCAUCCUUUUUCUUGCUCUCUCUUUCUUUCUUUUCUCUCCUCCCUCCCCCACUUCCAAACUUCUCUUUCUCCCGUCCGUCCUUCCUUCCUUCCUUCUUCUCUUUCUCCCGUCCGUCCUUCCUUCCUAGCUUCUCUUUCUCCCGUCGUCCUUCCUUCCAUCCUUCUCUUUCUCCCGUCCGUCCAUCCUUCCUAGCUUCUCUUUCUCCGUUCGUCCAUCCUUCCCUAGCUUCUCUUUCUUCCUUCCUUCCUUCCUUCCCUAGCUUCUCUUUCUCCUCCGUCCUUCCUUCCUUCCUCUUCUCUUUCUCCCGUCCGUCCUUCCUUCCUUCCUUCCUUCUCCCUAACUUCUCUUUCUCCAUCCGUCCUUCCUUCCUUCCUUCCCUAGCUUCUCUUUCUCCCGUCCGUCCUUCCUUCCUUCCUAAGCUUCUCUUUCUCCCGUCCGUCCUUCCUUCCUUCCCUAGCUUCUCUUUCUCCCGUCCGUCCUUCUCUUUCUCCCGUCCGUCCUUCCUUCCUUCCUUCUCUUUCUUCCUUCCUUCCUUCCUUCUAGCUUCUUUCUCCGUCCGUCCUUCCUUCCUAGCUUCUCUCUUUCUCCCCUUCUCUUUCUCCCGUCAAGCUUCUCGUCUUCCUUCCUUCCUUCCUUCUCUUUCUCCCGUCCGUCCUUCCUUCCUUCCUCCGUCCGCUUCUCUUUCUCCGUCGUCCUUCCUUCCUUCUAGCUUCUCUUUCUCCGUCCGUCCGUCCUUCCUUCCUUCCUUCCUAGCUUCUCUUUCUCCCGUCGUCCUUCCUUCCCUAGCUUCUCUUUCUUCCCUUCUCUUUCUCCCGUCCGUCCUUCCUUCCUUCCUUCCUAGCUUCUCUCUUUCUCCCGUCCGUCCUUCCUUCCUAGCUUCUCUUUCUCCGUCCGUCCUUCCUUCUACCUUCUCUUUCUCCGUCCGUCCUUCCUUCCUAGCUUUCUCUUUCUCCGUCCGUCCUUCCUUCCUUCCUAGCUUCUCUUUCUCCCGUCCGUCCUUCCUUCCUAGCUUCUCUUUCUCCCGUCCGUCCUUCCUUCCUAGCUUCUCUUUCUCCCGUCCGUCCAUCCUUCCUAGCUUCUCUUUCUCCCGUUCGUCCAUCCUUCCUAGCUUCUCUUUCUUCCUUCCUUCCUUCCUUCCUAGCUUCUCUUUCUCCCGUCCGUCCUUCCUUCCCUUCUCUUUCUCCCUUCUCUUUCUCCCGUCCGUCGUCCUUCCUUCCUUCCUAGCUUCUCUUUCUCCGUCCGUCGUCCGUCCUUCCUUCCUUCCUAGCUUCUCUUUCUCCCGUCCGUCCUUCCUUCCUUCCUUCCUAGCUUCUCUUUCUCCAGUCCGUCCUUCCUUCCUUCCUAGCUUCUCUUUCUCCCGUCCGUCCUUCCUUCCUUCCUUCCUUCCUAGCUUCUCUUUCUCCCGUCCGUCCUUCCUUCCUUCCUUCCUAGCUUCUCUUUCUCCCGUCCGUCCUUCCUUCCUAGCUUCUCUUUCUCCCGUCCGUCCUUCCUUCCUUCCUAGCUUCUCUUUCUCCCGUCCGUCCGUCCUUCCUUCCUUCCUUCCUAGCUUCUCUUUCUCCCCUUCUCUUUCUCCCGUCCUUCCUUCCUUCCUUCCUAGCUUCUCUUUCUCCCUUCCUUCCUUCCUAGCUUCUCUUUCUCCCCUUCUCUUUCUCCCUUCUCCCUCUUCCCUCCCCCCAUUGUUUCUCCCUUCUCUCUUCUUUUAUCUCUCUCUUUUCCUUCCCACUUUUGCUCUUGUUGCCUUUUCUCUCUCCUUCUCUACACCUCUAUUCUUCUGCUCAUUUCUCCUCCAUUUAUUUUCUCUAACUGUGAGCGACGAGUGGAUCCCCAGCAAACGAGUCAAAACUGAAGAGAAUGCAAGUCAAGUGGCACCUUGGUCACCACAUCACUCAGCAGCCACCACCAUAGCCCCUGUCACCGGAUAUUCUUGGCCCCAAAGCAUCGUCUUCAAGGACACCAAAUUCAUGGCCCCAAGUAUCAUGAGAGAUAGUUUGUUGUAUUACAGUUUGCCUGGAAGAAAUGUCCCCUCGUUUUUGCAAACUGGGCCACCAGUCCUUUUACACCCAGAACGUGUUGUUCCUCACUCUGAAUCUGCAAGGUAUGAACGGCAUUUUACCCCCAAUGUUUCACUGGCCCCAUUGCCUCAACAACGAAUGAUAGAGAGUAAAAUCAAAACUGAAGUCAAGGACACUGAGAUUGAACGGAAUGGACUCCACCAAUUAGCUGAAGCAGCUGUUUCAAAAAUCCCUAAGGAGCCUGUUGCUCUUACUAAGGACACAAAGGCAUUACCAGAGCCGUCAACAAGCUUGAGCAAAGGAAAAGAAAAGUCUUAUGAUUAUUCCUCAGACUCUGAUGAAUCAGUUGCAGAAUUUGAAGAGACAAUCGAUGAACCAUUGUCUCCAAAAAUCGAGGACACUUAUGAAAUUGAGAUGGAAAUGGUGAAACAAGCCCUGGAUGGUCAAGUGGGUGACUCUCCAGAAUCUAAGAGGAAAUUCCUUUCAGACUUUACCAGCCUUCGCUCAAUACAUCAGCAAAGAAUACAUGCCAUUGAUCGUUCACGACAAGAAUUGCGUGGAAUGUUGGCAAAGGUGCGCAAAUCGGCAAAAGGCAAGGUGACUCGGUGCAUAGAAAAGAAGAAAAAAUUACGCAAAAAGCUGGAGGAUAUGAGAAUUGAAACAGAAUGUCGACUGCAUGACGCUGAAGAGGGCAAAGAAAGUUCCAGUUCACCAUUUGGAACUCUGCUAGAAUUAUGUAAGGCCAGCCUGAUUCCUUCUUUCUCACUCAGUUUACUACAUUCACCAACCAUUGUCUCACUUGCUUUUCUCUCCUGCAAGUCUUGCUACUGUUGCUACUACUUCAUUUGGAACAGUGCCAGUGCUGCAAUUCUAUGUCUGGUUUACUCUGGAAUCUGCUGCUGCUGCCGUUGUCAUUACUGUUAUCGCCUUUCGUUCUCUCUCUCUCGCCUUUCGUUCUCUCUCUCUCUCUCUCGCCUUUCGUUCUCUCUCUCUCUCUCUCUCUCGCCUUUCGUUCUCUCUCUCUCUCGCCUUUCGUUCUCUCUCUCUCUCUCUCUCGCCUUUCGUUCUCCCUCUCUCGCCUUUCGUCCUCUCUCUCCCUCUCUCGCCUUUCGUCCUCUCUCUCCCUCUCUCGCCUUUCGGCCUCUCUCUCCCUCUCUCGCCUUUCAUCCUCUCUCUCCUUCUCCUUUCGGCCUCUCUCUCUCUCUCUCUCUCUCCCCUUUUGGCUGCCCUCUCUCUCUCUCCUUUUGGCCUCUCUCUCUCCCCCUCUCUCCUUUUGGUCUCCCUCUCUCUCUCUCUCCUUUUGGUCUCCCUCUCUCUCUCUCUCCUUUUGGUCUCCCUCUCUCUCUCUCUCUCCUUUUGGUCUCCCUCUCUCUCUCUGUCUCCUUUUGGCCUCUCUCUCUCUCUCUCUCUUUCAUCUCCCUACCUUUCAUCCCUUCUACCUCUUUUACUCUCUCUCUCUCUCUUUCUCCGACUACCCCCUUCUCCCAGCUUUGCCCACCUCCAAAUCCCACCCCCUCCUUUCAGGUACACGUACAUAUUGACAUUCUCCAUUACAUAUUCUCUUAUUCCACAAUUGCUUACAUAACAAAUGAUACACUUUGCAACUUUUUAUCUUCUUUUAUCUGUCUACAAAUGUUUUCCUUCCUCUUUCUCCUGUUCCCCACCACCACCACAUACACAAGUUCUCUUUCUUACCUUCUCUUUCUCAUGCAGGCCAACUCCCCCACCCUUCAAAUCUCUCCUCCACCCCCUCAGUCUCUCCCAUGCAUGCAUACUUGUCCCUCUUCCCAAUGUCCUUCCGUCAUACGCAGAUCUUUUCUAUACACUCACAUGCGUGCCGAUUAUCGAUCUGUCUGUUAA